GAGAGCUUCCCUACAGGGAGGGCGGCUCCUAAUCCACGCGGAGGGUGAGAGACUUUUAUUCCUGAGACUUUGAGGUGGACAAACUCAGUCUCAGCGCGCGCGCACACACGGAGGAACAGGGACAUCUUUGGCUUGAAAGAUCCGCCAGGUGGAAUGAUGACCAAUCGCUCCUCAUACUCCAACAGCACGCCGAGCCUCCGGACGGAGCACCUGUACAAGGUGCUGGUGAUCGGUGACCUCGGGGUCGGGAAGACUUCCAUCAUCAGGCGCUACGUGCACCAGACUUACUCCAACAACUACCGGGCGACCAUUGGAGUGGACUUCGCUCUGAAGGUGUUGAACUGGGACCACGAGACUGUCCGGCUCCAGCUGUGGGACAUUGCAGGUCAGGAGCGCUUCGGAAACAUGACGCGGGUCUACUACCGCGAGGCCAUGGGAGCCUUCAUCGUGUUCGACGUGACGCGGCCCACGACCUUCGAGGCGGUCGUCAAGUGGAAAGAGGACCUGGACUCCAAGCUGAUGCUGGGCAACGGACAGAGCAUCGCCACGGUGCUGCUCGCCAACAAGUGCGACCAGGGCAGAGAGCUGACCAACAACGGGAUCAAAAUGGACCAGUUCUGCAAGGACCACGGCUUUGUGGGCUGGUUUGAGACCUCGGCUAAGGACAAUCUCAACAUCAGUGACGCCGCAAACCUCCUGGUGAAGCACAUCAUGGCGACGGAGAACGACGUCCUGAAGUCCAUCGUGCCAGACACCGUGUCGCCACAGCUCGACUCCGACAGGCAGUCGAGCUGCUCCGGCUGCUCCAAGUGAAGGAAGCGGCUGGCGACGCGACGGCGGGACAGAACGGAGCGGAGUAAUAGCGUUAGGACCGAGAGGGACAUGCACACCACGCGGCCUGGUACAGUUUGGCCUCUUUGGUCCAAAGCGGAAGCUGAACAUUUGCAGCCGACUGCAAAGUAACAUGGAUUCAGAAGAGCUGCACGUUCUGUUUCUGUUCUUUUUUAAAGACAUUAAUCUUGAACUUCAGUAAGGCCGAACCACACCUUGCUCUUUAUAUUAAGACUAUUUCAAGUGCCAUCAACGUUUGGGUCUGAACUGAACAAAAGGAGCCAGAAAUACUCCCAACGAGAAUGAACGAAAGGUCAACUUCACUUUUCAAGUCUGUGUGAUUUAAUUUAUUGUUGUUCUCCUUCUGUUCACCUCAACAUAAGCUCGUGUGGGAGACGUGCUGCCGUCCUGUAAUGCAAACGUUCAUUGGAGCCCAGAUUGUGUGAACUUUGCACAGACUGUAUGUUGUUUUUUUUAACGAGUUGUAUUGUGUUGUUUACAGUCCCUCUCUUUUUUGUGCAGGCUUGUUUAAGUAACGGCACAAUCAUUUUGGUUUGGAGAACACACAUUUCUGAGUGGAGCUCGUCUUGCAAUGGCCAGUGGACAGUUUAGACGACUUAAAGGGUCAAUGUAGGUUUUUCUGUCUGAGAGAAAGCUGAGCCCUCUGUAACCAUGGUAACUACAGCUUAAGUUUUUUUUUUAUUUAUUCUUAUGGCUGUCCUUAAACAUCAUACGUACAUAUUUCUCCAUUUAUGACCUGGUUUUCUCUCCUUUCCUCACCCACCGGUUCUUCUUUGAAUGGGAAAUGCUCCGGCUUUUGUUCCUUCUCUGUCUUUUUCCACAUUUACAUACAGUAAAUGCUCAGUGAGGACAUUAUGCGUUAUGUUAUUUCCCCUCGGUUUACGGCAGCGUCACAUGUCGCCAUGGCCGUAAUUUUACAGUAUCCACAUCAGGGCAUGAUGGAUGUAAACAAUGCGUUCCUCUCAGGAUCUUAAUUUCACAGUGUCAGUGGGGAUCAUCA